AUGUCAGGGAAUCGCGCGUCGACAGACAAGGGUUUCAUCCUAUGGAGCAGAGAACUGCUAUACAUGGCGAGGGAGGACGGUGGUGUGGGGGUCAAGGAUCCGGAGAUCACCCUCACCUGUCUCACGGCGAGGCGUAUCGGCCUGCUCCUCACAGAGACGAACGAGCUGAAGCGGGAAAUCAUGCUCGAAGCGGCUGAAAUGCCGCUGGGCCUGGACACUUUCGUCUCUCAUGUCAAACUUCUGAAGAGCUGGAGCGGCAAGAGCGAGAGAUGGAAAUUAGCCUGUGGGGACUUUAUGCAAUCACCGCUGGCAGUUACGACAUUGGAACUGUCGCGGGAAGAGAUAGAGAGGGAGCGGCUGGUGUUCAACCGCCAGAUUCUGCUGAACGGCACGACUCCGAGGACACCGGUGGUGGAAAAUGGGCAAGUGGCUGCGCUAAGGGAGCUCAAGGGGAGCUGGCAACGGCAGAAGCAUCAGUCCGCCAAAUGCGAGCUGUGGGCAGACAGAUGGGCAGGGUUGAUCGACUGGAAAAAUGUCAUCAAGAUUCGGGAUUCCCUGGUGACACCGAAUAGACCGCGUGACGUGCUCCUAAGGAUUCACAGCCUCAAUCUGCAGGUGGGAGAGCGGCUCUCCUUCCUAAGUGGCAAGCUGGUUUGCCCCCACUGUGGGGAGUUUGAGUCCCUCGAGCACUGCCUUUUCACCUGCCCGAGGAUUCAACUGGUGGUGGGAGCGGUCAAACGAGCCAUGCGCAUGCUCAACCCGGGGAGGCAGGUGGCUGAUUUGGGGGAUCUGCUGUUCGGAAAGGUAGAAUCCACCUCAGCUUUCCCGGAGGCAUCGCUGGCUGCUAUUGCGGUGCACCAAAUUUGGGCGGAACGAUGUGACUGCGUGUUUCGGGAGCGGAGGUUCAGGGCUCGGCGCGUUCUCACGCGCAUUGAGGCGGCAUUUCGGCUGCAUGUGAAGGUGUACACCCGCGCUAUGGGAAGGCGAGUGGUUCGAAAAGACAAGGGAGUGCCUAUGCGCUGGCAGAACAGGAGGACCAACUCCUUGGACGUGUCAGGUGCACGGCGGUGA